UCGUUAUAUUCACUUAUAUUGAUUUACUCUGAACUCCUUUCUGUCUUUCCCCACAGGUUCUCGGAUCCCACCUCCCCACCUUCUACACACAGAUCUACCGGCCAGUAUAAGGGAAGCCCUGCAAGGUGCCCACACUCCCCUGAGGAUCAUGUUGUAGGAAGCUGCAGUAACAUGGGAGUCCAAUCCAGAACGCACUGGGAUUUACAGUGUUAGGUUUUAGAGUAAACAGGCUUAUUGGGUUUUUAUGUUGUCGUGUCAAAUUUGAAUAAUCUCCAGUAAUUAACAUAUAAUCAAAAAUAUGAAUUAGAAUUCGUUUUUAUUUACAAUAGGGAAAUAUGAAUGCAUUUGGUUUUACAAUCUACUCUACUGUAUAGAUCUUUUGAAUAUAAAACAAUAAUUACAAUCCAAUCAGGUGUCUUUAUUAGAUCUGAUACAAAGGUUUUGUCCAGAUAUCUGAUGUGCAGGUAGUCACACUGGACAGCAGCUUCCAAAGACACUGUGUGCUGCUCAGCGCUUGAAUGAAGUGGUACCUGCUGAAAUCCUGUAGUGGUUGAGUUUGUGUGAGGAAGGUCACUGAGUGAGAACUAAGACCUAACUGAUCUGCUGGAAGACCGGAGAUCAAAUCUCCUGAGCGUUGCAUCUAAACAGGCCACUUGAUAAAAGGACUGAUUUAUUGAUCUUGACGUGUCUUUUAAAGAAUUAGCCUCCAAUAUCUCUGCUCUCCUCUUCAGCUCUGAUGUGGUUUGUGUCUGUAUUUCAGUCAUGCAGCUACACAGAAAAGGUCACUGUGUUCUGAUCGUACUGAUCACUGUGUUCACUGCUGGGUCUUUAUCAGCUCCAAUGAAGGUGAAGCUUCAUGACUCUGCUACUCUGUCCUGCUCUGGGAGAUGUUCUGGUUUGGUCAGAUGGACUGAGUUCAGUAAUCGCACUGAUGUUCUGGCUGAGUGUGAUCAGACUUCAUGUAGAUCAGUGAAGGAGGGAUAUCAGAUGAUCUAUGAUCAGUACCUGAAGGGGAAUCUCUCUCUCAUCAUCACUGACGCUGAUUUCAGUAAGAGAGGCUCGUACACAUCUGACUGUGAUGGUGAAGAUCUCUGUGAUGUGAAGCUUAAGAUUGAGCCCUUGAACUGUACAGUUCAGAUGGAGCCUGGUGAGACUCUAGUGCUGAUGUUUGACGUAUCAGAUCCAGUGGAGGUGAUUUAUAACAGUACAGUUACGGCUGGACCAUCCAGUGGUCAGAUCUGUACAGUGGGUGGACGGUCACUACAGUGUAAACCUGAAUACACACAGAGAGCAUCACUCACAUCUGCUCUAGAGCUGAGAAACAUGACUCCAUCUGACAGCGGACUUUAUGCUGUAAUGGACAAAAGGAAUGAAGACGUCAUUCACACCUACACAGUGACCGUCCAACUUGUGCAGGACAGCUGGAUAUGGAAGACCACCUAUGAGAAGGGAAAGAGCGAUGGAUAUCAGACGGGAGUGCAGUUUGGAGCACUGGCUGUCGGAGUUGCAUCUCUGUUCAUCAUGUUUGGAGUAUUCUUUCUUGGUGUGGUUGCUGCGCCGUGGGUGCAUCCUCAGAUGGACAGCUGUGUCCAGAUGCCCAGAAGUAAUGAUUCCUCAUACAGGAGUCAAUGCAAGGAGAAGGAAAGGGGUCAGAUGUUCAUAUGAUGUCAGCCAGAGUUAAGAAGAAUAAGCAGCUUCUACUGCCUUGAACAAGUUUUUGUUUUUUUAUGGAUUUUUUGAAGCUCUGAAAAGCAGAAAACAAAGGGAAGGUGUGGGACGCUUGCUUUGACCCUCAGUCACACGGACUGUCUUCAUGUUGAAACAUCUGGUCUGGUUCCUUGGACAUCAGCUCCUCCAGCCACUCCUCUCUGGUAGAAGAUUCAGCACCAUCAAAGCCAGCACAGCCAGCUUCUUCUCCCAAAACUCUCAUUAACCACAGUGGACAGUUUAACCUUGCAGACCCCUCUAACUGUGGCCCACUGUUCAACUCCUCUGCACCGUAACGCGCCUCUCCACUGCACCACUAUACAUGUAAACAAGGGUGAAAUGAGUUCAGAGUUUAGCGUCUCACAGGGUAUGUAGAGAACUAACUUGACUUUUUUUACUUUAUUCUUGAAAGAUUUGUAAGGUUUAAAAAUCGCGGGGCGAGUUAGGGACCUUACUUGACUUAAAAUUUAUAUUAAUCAUUUUUCUAAAGUAUUUCAAAGAACGAGUUUGUUUGUGUAUAACAUGUAAAACAUUCUAAACUUUUUUUUAAACCUCUGACAAUGUAGCACAAAGCCCAGUGGCCUUUAAAAAUGAAAAAUGUUACAGAAAACAGGGUCAAAAGUACAAAACCCUCAUCAUGGAUGGAAGUUCUGUCCACCGUCUGGUACCGUCUCUAUGAGGAAAGCACUUUUAAGAAUGUCUUGAUGUUUUUUAUGGUAUAACCAUAUUGGCUAUUACUGUUGAUCAGUAUUUUCCGCUCUUGAAAAUCCGUAUCAGUGAUUUAUUAUCAUAUCGGUCAGGUAAUAAUUCUCACUGUGACUCCUUUGGGUUUAUGAGCUCCAGCUUUGUGCCUUUAUCCAGCAUUCCAGCUGAUUCACUGUUCCAAAGUCUACAAAUGCACUGCAGCUGCUGUGUCGCUGUUUCUGACAUGUUAGUAUUGAUUUUUAGUAUUAUGUUCUGCAUAUGACUGCAGAGACCGCUGGACGUGUGUCUAGUGUCUGCUCAUUGUUUGCCAAAGCUCUGACCGCUGCACUGCUUUAGUGUCCGUUGCUUUGAUGCCUGUUCAGGUUGUUACAGUAAAGUGACGUUGGUACAUUCAUUGCUGUUAUUCCUCUUUACACUGAUUUAAUAGAGCUCUUGUUAAAAUGAGCAGGAUGCUCAAGUUUUGACUGAUGAGACUGAAUUUGCACUUUUUCCUGAAGAUUGUUCCGUCCGUUUCAGCCACUUGAUGGUGGUGGUGGUUUCAGUGGUGCUGAGGACAGAAAUCUCAAUCACAACAACACUGAUGCAGCAGUCUUCCACCUCUGCCAAACUCAGGAGCCCAUGCUGUGAUAUGCUGUAGAUGGAAGUCUCAGGACAAUCUUGCAGGAGUUUAUUAGAUUGAUCGAUUUAUUAGUUGUUAAAGCUGCACCAUCAGAGAGCACAGCAGUAACAGAACAUCACAAAACAGCUGUACAGUCAUUGUAAACGGUUUGGUAACAGGUGAAAUCUCCGUGUUUAGCUCUUUCAGUUUUUUAGCUUGUCUUAAUUUCUAAAUGCAGUUUUCUAAUUUUCUGUUUUUGCGCUGAAGGUCUGGUUUAUUACUUGUUUACAUCAGGUACCUUCUUCAUAAGGACAGUGAAGAAAAAAAACAUCCUAAUAUUUUCCAUCAUUCCACAGAAGCUCAGAAGACUCGUGUCGGUUCUCUGGUGGUUCUGGAUGGUAAAUAAAGUGUCUCUAUCUGUGUUGUAGUCAAGGCGACGCCUGGUUCCCAUCACCACCACUGUAAAACAGAUGAUUUGGGAUCAUGUGACACUGAUGAAUCAUUUAUCAAAUAAAGUUUACCUACUAA